AUGCAUUUGGAUAAUUUCGCCGAAAAAAGUAUUAAUGGCUAUCCGCAGAAGCAGUUGGGGAUAGAUUUCCGGGAUGGGGUAAAGUACAUCGAGCACUCCGGAGUUCUCGGACCACUGCGAUGGUGUCAACCAAAAGAAUUGGAACUUUCUAUUAUUCUACAUAUAAUAACGAAAAAUUUACUCUGUGAACAUUAUUUAACCAUGAAGCACUCCGAACUUUUUCUUCAAUCAGAAGUCUCAUCAUCUAGCGCAUCAUUUAAUAAUACUCGAUCAUCAUCAUCAGAACAUUUCACAAAAAGUCAUUCAUCCUCUGAAGAUGAUAGUCCCUCAUCUUCCGAAGUUGAAUUCGACGUUGAUUUUUUAUGUCCAAUAUGCAAGCAACCAAGAAAGGAUGAUCGUUGGUGUCAAUACUGCGAGUCACAGAAAUUCUCAGAGAAUUUCACAAACUGGACAAGUGGCAAUGCGGAUCUUGAUGAGUUCAUAAGAGAUACUCAACGUAAGGCCGGCAGCAAGGUGGAUUAUUUGCUUUGGAUAGAAUAUGAGAUGUUUGAAGAUGUGAAAUUCUUGGCUCAGGGAGGAUUUGGUGAUGUUUAUUAUGCAGUUUGGGUUAAUGGACCGGAUAGAAGACUGGUUUAUGAUAAAGAGGACCGCGAUUGGAAAAUAAUAGCUCAUGAUGUACACUUGGCCUUAAACAUUUGCCUGGGGUUGAGGCCAAACAAGGUCAGAGGAGCACCGAUAUGGUAUGUCGAGUUAAUGGAGAAGUGUUGGAACGAUGAUCCUAAUGAAAGACCGAGUAUGACGAAUGUGAGGUUAAUUCUAAAUAAACAAGCGAUGAAUUUGACUGAGGAAGAAGAGAAUGCCAUUGGUUUUCCAACGAACACGAGGAUUCCCGAAGGAAAUUUUGUCGGAAAUGGUGAUAUAAGAAAGAGAAUUGAAAGUUCUUGUUUUUGGAAGCAUCCGAGGGCGGUUUAUACCAGCAGGUUGCUGCCAAUAAUUAACGCAUCGGAGGAAGACAGUUUCGUUAGAGGAAUCUCGGGGGUAAUACCGGAGUUGAGUCAAUUGAUAGACACCACAUCCGAUAUGCCAACGAAAGAGGCUAAUGAUGAAGGCAUGUAUUUUCUUUAG